AUGGUUUUACUUUCUAUAUUGCAGUUGCAAUCAUGGGAUAGCCCUGUGUCGUUAGCGUUAUACAUCGAUCGAAGUUCAUCACAAGCUUUACAAUACCUCAUGGAUUUACAUAGGUGUAAUCAUUCUGUCGCAGAAAAGCUUUCCGUUCAUGUGGUCUACCAGUUGUCGGCAUUCCAGGAUAAAUGCGAUCCUCUUCAAGUUCUCAAACGACCCAUUUCCUGUGUCAAUUUUACGUCAAAAUACAAGCAAAAUUCCAUAGACAAUAUGGCUCCGCUGUUUGGCAUCUAUCCAAUAAAUGUGAUGCGGAAUGUCGCUAGGCGCGGAGCUCCGUCAAGUUUUCAUUUGAUUAGCGACAUCGAGAUGGUUUUCAGUUCCAAUUUCUCUAUGCAAGCGAAGAAGUUGGUAAACGAACAUAUUCGCCCGAAAUCGAAGAAGCUGAUCGUGAUCAGAAGAUUUGAGAUCGAACUGGGAGUAGAUCUACCGCGUAACCACACUACACUCAGAGAGCUUAUCGAUUCCAGACAAGCUCAUGAAUACCAUCAUAAAUUGUUCCCUGUGGGUCACACCAUAUCAGCGUUAUGGGAAUGGUUCAAACGAUCCAAAGAAAAACCUGAGCCCUACGUGUGGGAGAUCCCUUAUAAGAAUCCUAUGUGGGAGCCGCAGUUCAUCAUGAGCGCAACGGAUCCAUUUAGUGAGGAGACUAUGCCGACUCGUCUACGAGAUCAGCAAGCUUUGGUGAGCCAUUAUUACAUUAAAGGUUGA